AUGGAUUAUGCCACUAGAUGCAAGAACUGCAGGUUUUGUGAAGAAGCCAAGGCUAAGGUGAAACCAGCUACAUCACAUGACUGCAGGAAAAAUCACGAAGGCUCUUCAAAGUCAAUGGAAAGUUCUGUUGCAUGUGAACUAUGGAUCAAAGCACCAUUAUCAAACACAAGAUAUACCAUAUACAUUGGUGAUGAUGAUACAACGACACUAAGCCACAUGCAUGAGAAAGUACCCUAUGAUGUUGAGAAAUGGUCUGACAUUACACAUGCAAAAAGGUCUCUAACAACCAAAUUAUAUAACAUUAGCCAAGGAAACAAGUUUAAAGACCGUUUUCCACUUUCACAAAAAGUUAUCAACUAUCUUGCAAAAUGUUUUAGUUACUGUGUUGCUCAGAACAAAGGAAAUCCUUCGCAGCUUAAGAAAUCUCUGUCACAAUUGUCCCACAUGCCUUUGGUGACCACACUUUAUGCGACUCAUCUUGGUGCAGAUUUAUUGAGAACCCAGCUACCUACACACACAAUGAUCUGCCACACGGUAAAGACCUCCAUGGUGAACAACUCAAGAAAGUCUUAACAGAACUCUUCAAUGAAUAUUGUACUGACACUGUUAUAUCAAAGUUAGCUCCUUGUGCAAACUCUCAGAGAAAGGAAUCACUAAACAGUGUAAUUGGCACAAAGAACCCAAAGACAAGAUAUGGUGGCAGCGAAAGCAGUGAUUUUCGUGUUGCAUGUGGAAUCGCACAAGUAAAUGUUGGAUAUGGCUACAUAAGCAAUACAUUGGAAAGACUAAAUAUUGAACCUGGAGAAUUUUGCACAACUUAUGUGACUAAUAUGGACAAAAAAACAGCCACUGCCAAAUGA